AUUUAUUUACAAUCAGUCAUUCAAUUGGUGAACAUUAAUACUACCAAGCCUGAAAAUCAACUUAAUUAUCAACAGUUUCUAAUCACAAUUUAACUCAAUAUGGUUGAUACACUGAAACCUUUAAAUGUCCUGAUUACUGCAAGUAGAGGGUAAGUUGAUUUGUCUUUACUAAAUUAGUUUACUGAUUAAAUUUUAGGUUUAAUUGUCUUGUGGUGAUCAAUUCAUCAUUCUGAAUCAAUGGACAGUCUCAAUUGUUAUGUGGUGAUGGUCAACUCAAUUUGGUUGGUUCUUUUGUUAGAAAAUGUAACUUGAAACGAUUGAUGAAACUUUUAGAUGAUAAAAUAGUAAGAAAAAGCCUUUUGAAUUGGUCAUGUUAAUGCCUCCAUGGGUAUUGGUAAACUGAUGGUUGAUCGUGGGCACAAUGUGAUGUUCAUUCAUUACCCUGAACACAAGAGUCUUGCUGAAAAUCAGGGAAUCAAAUUUAUCGAUAUUUUUGAUUAUCAAGAGGCCGAUGAUCCUCUUGAGAAAACCCAUUCUGGACCUUUUAGUGAUUCUUCUCUUGAGACAUUCGACAAUCAAAAAAAAUAUUCACCAAAGGAUUUGAUGCGCGGAGGAGGAGGAAGAGGUCGAGGUGGUAAUCGAGGUGGUGGUGGACCUCGAGGUGGUGGAAGAGGACCAAUGUUUAGUGGUGAAAAUGCUGCAAUCGAAAACGCAAUGAAAGUCAUUAAACCCGAUGUAGUAUUGGGAGAUUAUCGUUGGGUAAUGGGCUUUAUGACGAAAUGUCCUUGUCCGUUCAUCCCUGUUAUGUCCAAUGGACCUGUUUCAUUGUACAAUGGACCUCCUAUUGGCUCUGGUCUUUCCGUUUUCGAUGCACCCGAAAAAUGGGCUGAGGCUCGAGAAAAUGGAAAUGAUAUGAUGAAAGAAAUGGCCAUCAGAGUUGCUGAAGGAAAAUUGCGAUCAUGGACUCAUGCUGAAUAUUUGGGAAUUUAUAUCUUCCCCGAAGCUUUGGAUUACAAGGAAUUGGGUCCGGUUAAUAAGAAUUGGGUUCGUCUCGAUCAAUCAAUACGAUUACCUGAGUUGCAAGAUUUUGAGUUACCCGAUAAAUUGAAAGAUAAACCUGGUAAAUUGGUUUACGUUUCCAUGGGAACAAAUGCUUCGAAUGAUCCAACGCUCAUUAAAAUGCUGGUCGAUGCCUGUGCAAAGUCACCUAAUCGAUUCAUUUUUGCUCUUGGUCGAAACGGCCACAUGAUACAAUUGCCCGAAAAUGUUUGGGGCGAUAAUUAUGUCAAACAACUGAGUAUUAUACCGAAAGUUGACUUGGUCAUCACUCACUGUGGAUCAAAUUCAUUGGUUGAAUCUUUAUACUUCGGUAAGCCGAUGGUUGCUAUCCCGAUAUUCGACGAUCAACUGGACAAUGGUCAACGAGUCGCUGAUCUGAAGCUCGGUAAAAAGAUAAACUUGUCCGACUUUACUGACGAAAAGUUGGUUCAAGCGAUUGAUCAAGUUCUUGGUGAUCAACAAAUUCAUGAUAAUGUCAUCAAAGUUUCUGAAGAGAUGAAAAAAUCACAAUCAUCAGAUAAGAUUCCAGUUUAUAUUGAAUAUGUUGCUCGCAAUAAGAAAUCACCUUUUGAAUGAUAAACAAUUAUCAUUUUCAAUUUAUGCUACUCAAGUUAAUUGUAAUAAUCAAUUGGAUCAAUAAAGAAAUUGAAAGUAUUA